AGUUUGAUCGAUGUGGCAACGCUGGCCUGACAGAAAAAAUAAACAACACUCAUUUUCGCUUAAAUUCUUGGAGUCUUUGCCCAAUCUUAAGCGAUGCUGCCGGGCGUUGGAGUAUUCGGGACUGGAGAGAUAGCCAAUGUCCUGGUCCCCCUGCUGCGGGAGAAGGGAUUCGAGGUGCGGGCCAUCUGGGGCAGGACCCUGAAGGAGGCCAAGGAAACGGCGGCCACGCAGAAUGUUCAGUUCCACACGAACGUCAUCGACGAUGUGCUGCUGCGAAAGGAUGUGGACCUGGUCUUCAUCGUUUGCCAGCCCUUCCUCCAUGCAGAGAUCUCGGUGAAGGCCCUGGGAAUCGGAAAGCAUGUGGUGUGCGACAAGCCAGCGGGCCUGCACCAGCAGGAUGCCCUCAAAAUGGUGCGGGCGUCACAGUAUUAUCCCACAUUGAUCUCCCUGGUCAAUCAUCCCCUGAGGUUCCUGCCCGCCUUCACCCACAUGCGUCGCUGUCUGCAAGAGGAGCUGAUUGGCUCCAUCGGCGACGUGGUCCUCAUGGAUGUGCGCGUUCAGAUGGGAACUCUCUUCCCCGAGAAAUACAACUGGAUGUGCGAUGCCCAAAUGGGCGGUGGUGCUCUGAAUCUCGUGGGAUCUGUGGUGGACUUGGUCACCUUCCUGCUGCAACAGCAAGCCAUCCGGGUACAUGGAGUCCUGCGUUCCUAUACCAAGACCACGGCGGCCAUAAACGGCAUACGCCAGAUCACGGCACCGGAUUUCUGUAACUUCCAGAUGGAACUGGCAAGCGGAACUCUGGUGACAGUGGCUCUGCAUAGUCACACAGUGCCCGCAAAAGCGUUCUCCCAGGAGGUGCUCAUCUAUGGGAGCAAAGGUCAUCUGGUGGUGCGUGGCGGAGAUCUGUUUGUCCUCAAGGAGGGCCAACCUAAAGAGGAAGCAGUCUACGUAGACGUCCAGGACUUGCAUUUUGCCACCAAUAACUCAUUGUUACCACGACCCUAUAUCAAAGGGCUCUGCAAGAUGGUGGGAGCUCUUAAAGAAGCGUUCGGCAGCAAGGAGUCCUCCUGGGUUAAGGCUCCCGUGUCCACUGCCGCCACCUUUGAAGACGGCCUCUAUGUCCAGGCUGUGGUGGAGGCCAUCCGGAAAUCCAACGAAACCCGACAAUGGCAAAGGGUCCAGUUGUCCACCGAUAGUCCUUUAAAUCACGACCAGAUCAUUCGGUAUGCACGCAUGUCGACUAUGUAGGGAAUCGGACUUAAGUGCAAUAUCUAAUGGAUUCCAAUAUAUAUUUUUUUAUAUAAUAUACGUGUUUAGCUUUAAGCAUUCAAAUGGUCUAGGCUUUGAAGCCUUCGCCCCCAUCAUCAAUGUAAUUAACUUAUUGUGUAUUGCAUCCGCAUUUUCAACUAAUAAAAUUGAUUUGUUAGACAGCAAA